AUGGCCCGGGCCACAGCCCUCCCGCCGUCGAAAUGGUCGCUGCUGCUGCUGCUGCUGUCGCUGCUCUGGGAAACCGGAGCCCAGGAUGUACGCGUCCGCGUGCUGCCCGAGGUCCGAGGCCGCCUGGGGGGCGCUGUAGAGCUGCCGUGUCACCUGCUGCCGCCGGCCCCCGACGUGCGCAUCUCACAGGUGACGUGGCAGCGCCUGGACGCGGCGGGGGGCACCCCGAACGUGGCCGUGUUCCACCCCUCCUACGGCCCCAGCUUCCCCAGCCCGAAGCCGGGCAAGGAACGACUGUCGUUCGUGGCGGUCGGGAAGGGGACCGAGACGAAGUUGCAGGAUGCCACGCUGGCCUUCAAGGGGCUGACGGUGGAAGACGAGGGCAACUACACCUGUGACUUUGCCACCUUCCCCAAUGGCACCAUCCGGGGGGUGACCUGGCUCAGAGUGAUUGCCCAGCCCCGGAACCACGCCGAAGCCCAGGAGGUCACACUCAACCUGGAGCCCGUGCCCGUGGCCCGCUGUGUCUCCAGUGAGGGCCGCCCACCAGCCCGCAUCUCCUGGUCCUCGUCCCUGGGUGGGAAGGCCGUCGAGACCCAGGUGCAAGGAUCACAUCCUGGCACCUUCACUGUCACCAGCCGCUUGACCCUGGUGCCCUUGGGCAGAGUAGACGGCAAGGAGGUCACCUGCAAAGUGGAGCACGAGAGCUUCCAGGAGCCCGUCCUGCUGCCCGUGACCCUCACUGUGCGCUACCCCCCUGAAGUCUCCAUCUCUGGCUAUGAUGACAACUGGUACCUCGGACGCAGCGAGGUCACCUUGAACUGUGACGUCCGUAGCAACCCAGAACCCACAGGCUAUGACUGGAGCAUGAACUCGGGCGCCUUCCCAACCUCAGUGGUCACCCGGGGCCCGCAGCUGAUCAUCCACUCCGUGGACAGGCUGUUCAACACCACCUUCACCUGCACAGUCACCAACGCUGUGGGCACGGGCCGCGCUGAGCAGGUCGUCCUUGUCCGAGAGAAGCCCAACACAGCAGGUGCAGGGGCCACGGGGGGCAUCAUUGGGGGCAUCAUCGCUGCCAUCAUCGCGACGGCCGUGGCCGCCACAGGCAUCCUCAUCUGCAGGCAGCAGCGGAAGGAGCAGAGGCUGCAGGGGCCAGAGGAGGAGGAUGACCUGGAGGGUCCACCCUCAUACAAGCCUCCGACCCCAAAGGCGAAGCUGGAAGAGCCGGAGAUGCCCUCCCAACUCUUCACUCUGGGGGCGUCAGAGCACAGCCCGCUCAAGACCCCCUACUUUGAUGCCGGCAUCUCGUGUGCUGAGCAGGAAAUGCCUCGAUACCAUGAACUGCCCACCUUGGAAGAGCGCUCCGGGCCUCUGCUCCUGGGGGCCACAAGCCGUGCGCCCCCCAUUCUGGGGCCCCCAGGGUCUCCUGCUGUGGAAGGGGUUUCAUUGGACUUAGAAGAGGAAGAGGAGGAGGAGGGGGACUAUCUGGACAAGAUGAACCCCAUCUACGACGCCCUGUCCUAUAGCAGCCCCUCCGAGUCCUACCAGGGCAAAGGGUUUGUCAUGUCCCGGGCCAUGUAUGUCUGA